AUGACAGAAUCAAGAGCCUGGGUAUUCUCAGAACGAGGUCUCCCGUGGGACGUCCUCAAUCUUAAAAGACAACCUAUUCCAACUUUACCUCCUCCUCUUCCCCUACCAAAGGACGUGCCAGACCCAGAGGAAUGGAUUCUUGUCAAAGUGGCCUUUGUAGGCUUGAAUCCAGGUGCCAUAUUCCAGAUGACUCUCGUUCCGCCAUUCAUUCGAAAACCAACUUGUGUUCCUGAGAUGGACUUUUCAGGCACUGUGAUCGAUGUCUGGCAUCCUGAUGAUGAGUCUGGAUCAGCACAGUCGAAGAGAUUCAAUAAAGGUGACAAGAUUCUUGCAAUGUUACCAGCCAGCCAUACUCUGCCUACAGGAACAGGUGCUUUGGCUGAAUAUGUUAGAAUACCAGCUAGAUAUGCUGUGGAGAAACCAGAAGGCGUGAGCCUUGUUGAUGGAGCUGGUUGCUUACUACCUGGCUUGACAGCACGACAGCUUGCGAAUGAGUCCGGUGCAAAGACAGGCGAUCGUAUUUUAGUCAAUGCAGCAAGUGGUGGAAUUGGCUCGCUGGUGGUGCAGAUGCUCCGAAAGGCUGUAGGGCCUGGGGGAUAUAUUGUUGGCAUAUGCAGCGGUAAGAAUAUCGAUUUGGUCAAGAGUCUUGGUGCUGAUGAGGUUAUAGACUAUACGCAACAUGACCACCUUUCGAGGCACCUCGCCGAAAAGUUCUCAUCCAAACCCUUUAACACCAUCAUCGACACUCUGGGCCACCAGGCCCUAUAUCUCGCCUCACCAUCCUAUCUCGUGCCCGAAGGCAACUAUUCUUCCGUCGGCAUCAAACCACCCACCUUCUUUGUCCCGGACUUCCUCCGCGCUGUGUUGCAGAUGAAGCUCAAUGAAUGGUGGCCAGUAUCACCAUGGCUCGGUGGUGUUGGCCGAAGAUGGCUGGGUACAUCUAUGAUGAGCCCUACACUUGAUGAUCGUCAGGCUGUUGCAGAUAUGUUGGGCCGUGGCGACAUAAAACUGGUCAAAGACAGUAUAUGGACGUUUGAAGAGACCAAGGAAGCUUAUAGGAAGCUGGGUGGACUUCAUGCUAGGGGAAAGAUUCUGGUGAAGGUAGAUGAUGAGGCUGGCGAUGAUGAUUGUUAG